AUGCAAUUGCUCAAAAAUAGCUAUCACAUUCACAGUUGACCCAUUCUCUCUCUUCAACAAAUAUGCUGACUGACUCAGUUCCACAAAAUCUUAAAAACAACUCUAACUCGUUCCUUCUAACUCAGUCCACCUUCUCUUAAAAAUGGCAGCUUUGUCUCACCAAACCAUAACCAACCGGUAAGUCAGUCUCUUUUCAACUAUCUCAGCUUCAUAAAAUCUGUGGGGUUUUGUUUUUUUGUCUGUUCGGAUUGAACCCACGACUUAGCAGUUACGCCGAGCCUUUAUACCAUUUGAGUUAUAACUUAUUUGUUGUUUUUUUUUUUUGAAUUAUUUUGCUUUUUUACUUGGUCUUUAUUCAUAUUUGAUGUAUUGAAGAAGAGUCAAGAGUUUUAGGUAAAGAAAAAGUGCACAGACUUUAGAAAAAAGAGAGAAUUUUUAGUUUUUGAGAUUUCAUAAUUAGUUAAAGAAACCAACUUUGUUCUUUUAAUGGCAUUUCCAAGAAGUAACCUUUGAUGGGGAUUCAUUAAAUUGUGUCAAAACUUGAGAUAUGUUUAGCCAACAAGAUAAAAAUGACCUUGUCACCACCACCACUGGUGGUGGCAGUGGUGGUGAUACUGGAGGUUUCCCCCGGAAACCAUAUUUGAGGUCUGUUUCUUGGAGUGAUAGGUCACCUACUAAGCCAAUUCCUAGGACUAGAGCCCACCAAUUCAAUAGCAAGGCAAGGUCUUGUUUGCCACCUCUCCAGCCGCUUUCGAUAGCCCGCCGCCCUGUUGAGGAGUGGCCUACUGCUGGUUCUGAUGAUCUUGGUGUAUGGCCUCAUCCUCAAACCCCAAGAGGACCUGUGGCUGAUAAACCCCUCGAAAAGUCGGAUCUUGAGAAGGAAAAGCAACAGCCUGUUAGGGAAUUUCAGUUUAAGAAAGAUAAGUUAGCGUUUUUCGAUAAGGAAUGUUCGAGGAUUGCUGAUCAUAUUUAUUUAGGGAGUGAUGCUGUAGCUAAGAAUCGAGAAAUUUUGCGGCAAAAUGGGAUCACUCAUGUGUUGAAUUGUGUUGGUUUUGUUUGUCCUGAGUAUUUCAAGAGUGAUCUUGUGUAUAAGACACUUUGGUUGCAGGAUAGUCCUUCUGAGGAUAUUACGAGUAUUCUAUAUGAUGUGUUUGAUUACUUUGAAGAUGUUAGAGAAAAUGAUGGGAAGGUUCUUGUACAUUGUUGCCAAGGAGUUUCGAGGUCUACUUCUUUGGUUAUUGCUUACCUUAUGUGGAGGGAAGGCCAAAGUUUUGAAGACGCUUUUCAAUAUGUGAAGGCAGCCAGAGGAGUAACUAACCCGAAUAUGGGUUUUGCGUGUCAACUUCUUCAGUGCCAGAAGCGGGUACAUGCAGUUCCUGCUAGCCCUAAUUCCGUGCUUAGGAUAUAUAGGAUGGCUCCACACUCACCAUAUGAUCCUCUUCAUCUUGUGCCAAAGAUGUUGAGCCAGCCAGAUAUUCGAGGACUUGACUCAAGGGGUGCAUUCAUUGUUCAUGUUCCUACUAACAUCUUUGUUUGGGUUGGGAACAAGUGCAGCUCAGCGAUGUCAAAUCAGGCAAAAAUAGCUGCGAAUCAGGUCAUACAAUAUGAAAAGGCACAAGGUCCGACUAUGAUCAUCAAAGAAGGGGAAGAACCGUCUGAAUUUUGGGAUGGUUUUGCCAUUGGACAAAUUCCAACAGAUGAUGGCCAACAAGUAGAACUAAACAAGGAAGAAGCUUUGUCUAAUGAAAGAAAGGUUAAUGAUUAUGAUUCAGAUUUUGAACUGUUCCGAGAGGCGCUUGCUGGUGGGGUAGUUCCUCCGUUUUCAGUAUCAAAUGCUGAAUCCGAAACUUGCCUCCCUGCCAGGGAAAAUAGAUGGGGAAGACUAAGGCAGAAGUUUGCAAGUGGUAUAAUGAAAGAAUUUUUGACGUCAACCAAACUAAACCAGGACCUUUUUCCGUAUGUUAGGGAAUCAAGAACGAGUGCAGAUGGCCGUAAAGAACUUGAACAUCCUGUUUCAUUGGUUGGUUCUCCUUCGACAUCUCCAUCAUCAGCCUCUCCGUGCGGCUCUCCAAAUUCCUUUGAUUGUUUCUUAAAUAGUAGUCCAUAUAGGAUUAAGAAUUCUAGUGGAGUAGAACAAUCUCUUUGCCUCACCGAUCCUUCAUUGCCACCACCCACUCCUAGUAGUAGCUCUACGGAUUCGUUUCCAUGUUUUCCGGAUAUCAGUCCAAAGUUCAAUAAUAAGUCCCCUACACUUUCACCUUCAACCUCUGACUACUCGUCCAGUUCAUUUGCCUUUUCACCAUCAUCCUCUAAUUGGUCUGACCUGUCAUACUUGUCUUCUAGACAGCCUUCACCUUCUGGCUGGGAGACCAUAGAUCCAUUUUAUGCCAAGAAUGUCCCAUUGCUGGAUAAACUUUCCAUACCUUACAAAGAAACUCCCACAUCGCCUACAAAAGAGUUUUCUGGUAAUCAUGGUUUGAAAUCAGAGAAAACCUCUUUACCGCUAACAGGGACUUCACCCUCUAUUGCAGAGCGCAGAGGAAAUAUUCCUCCACCCUGCAUGGUUUUACCUUCAAUUAUUGAAUCAUCUCAAGUCUCCAGAAGUCUGGUAAGAUCAUGGUCCUUCUCUUUAACUGAUUCGGAUGAUGAUGAGAUGAAAGAUAUGCGUGAUGAGCUAUUUGAGCAUGGAGGCAGUAGAGAAGAGCAAAUGCCGGAUGCGGAUAUUAGUAAUCUAGGCAAUGGUUCGCAAAGUAAAACUGAAGAGGGAAGAGUAUCCGAUAACUUAUAUAAUUCAUCUUAUAGUUGGAUCGGGAAAGAUUCACAAAUCACCACCGCAGUUUUGUAUCUGUGGCCUAGCAUGAAGAAAGUCGACCUGCAUUGCUUUCGCAUCCUUGAUUCGCGAUCCGUGUACAAUUUGUUGGCUCCAAGUUUAACUUUGGGCUCAAGUAGUCCUGGAAUUCUAUAUGUGUGGCUAGGGCGGGAAAUAGUAUUUGAAGAAGGGCAAAGUGAGUUGAUAAGCAGAACUGAGUCUCACAAAGAUAGCCAUCCACAUUGCAUGGAGAUUGGUCGCAGCUUUCUCAGUCAACAUAAUUUCCCCGACAAUAUUCCUAUCCAGAUUGUUAGAGAAGGUGAGGAGCCAGAGCAAUUCGUGAACCUUUUCAAUAAUUUCUCAUUUCAAAAGGUGGAAGACAACAGCGAGAAAUGAGACGACUUCUGCAAAAAUGCCGAUUGCUCUCGAGAGUUUGAUUUGAUUACAUCUUGUAAGCAUUAUUCUGGUGGAGUAUUAGAAAGAGGAAGCAAGUUAUUACUACAAGGCUAGGGCCAAUCAUGUACAGAAAGCAAGCUCGCUGUACACUAAUAGGACUUAGAAGUAAAUAAUACCAAACUGGAAUAAAGAUUCCAUUCAAUUUCAGUUAAAAGUAUAAUGAAAUUUUUAGCAAGUUAUUCCCACAUCAA